GAGCCUGGACCUGAAGGCAAACCUGGGGAGAAAGGCGAGACUGGUGUCCCGGGAGAAAAGGGGACAAAAGGCGACGGCGGUGGGCCUGGUCAGCCAGGUGCCAAGGGGGCCGACGGGAUGAAAGGACACAAAGGUGACGCUGGCCCUCCUGGUCCCCCUGGUCCCCCUGGUCCUGUGAUGACAGCGCAUGGAUUGAGGCAGCUCUCCGGAACUGAUGAAACGAUGAAUACACCAAAAGGCGAAAAGGGGGAUCGUGGGGAAAUUGGAGCGCAAGGACCGCAAGGUGUCAAGGGAAACAUCGGGCUGCCGGGAUUGAAAGGAGAUCAAGGUCCAGAGGGCAAGCAAGGCUCGUCUGGACCCACUGGACCCACUGGACUCCCCGGCCUCCCAGGAGAGCCAGGAUCGCCAGGGGAGCCUGGAAGAAAUGGCCUAAAAGGAGAAAAGGGGGACUCGGGAGCAAUGACGGGACUGCCAGGACCCAAGGGCGAGCCUGGAGAGCCCGGUUAUGCGGGCGAUGGACUCUCUUUGUCCAGAGGUUCUCGUGGCCCCAAGGGGGAGCGAGGCGUCCCAGGACUGCCUGGAGAGCACGGUGAAAAAGGCGAGCCUGGAGAGAGCAUCACAGGCAUGCCUGGACCCAUGGGACCUCCAGGAAAGGCAGGGUUUGAGGGUCCUCGUGGAUCACAGGGUUAUUCUGGGCCUCCUGGAGCCCCAGGAAGAGAGGGCCCCCCUGGCAGACCGGGUCCCCCAGGCCCUGCUGGACCUCCAGGUGAACCAACUGCACUGCCAAUGGUUGGCGAUAUGGGGGCUUUGCUUAAGAACGCCUGCAGUGUUUGCCAGAUGAGAGUCUCCGGGUUGACUGGGCAGAAGGGAGAGAAGGGCUCCCCUGGAGCGCCGGGACAUGAUGGCAUGGUGGGAGAAAAGGGAGAUCCUGGUGUUCGAGGUCCAAUGGGGAAUCCUGGUAAAGAAGGCCCAAAGGGAGUGAAAGGCGAGCGAGGCUUCUCAGGCCCCACAGGAGAUAAGGGCGAUGAGGGGCCUUCUGGAGUUCCUGGACUCCCUGGAGUUACUGGUCGCACUGGGGAGAUGGGGCUUAUGGGUCGGCCUGGGCCAAUGGGUCAAACAGGAACUAAAGGAGAAAAGGGAAAUGAAGGACCUCGCGGACGACAAGGCCUUCCAGGACCUCCAGGUCCGCCCUAUGUGGAGGGCAAUGGGAUGAGCAGCCUGUACAAGCUGCAGAGUGGUGGAGCUAUUUUAGGACCCCCUGGAGCUCCUGGUGCUCCGGGUCCCAAAGGAGAUGAAGGACUUGCAGGGGAUCCGGGGCCUAUGGGAUUACCAGGACUUGAGGGGCUACCUGGUGCUAAGGGUGAUGUUGGUCUGCCUGGUCCACCCGGAAUAUCCGGUCCUUCAGGAAAGCCCGGUCCACGGGGAGAACCAGGGAUCCCAGGAGAGCCGGGUGAGAGGGGGCCACUUGGAGAGACAGGAUUCCCGGGACCCGAGGGACCCCAAGGUGUUGCUGGCAGGCCUGGGAAAGACGGAACUCCUGGCUACAAGGGCGAUCCAGGUAGACCGGGUGACAGAGGAUCCAAAGGGGAACGUGGUGAUCCCGGAAUUCCUGGAGAGAGAGGUGUCCAGGGAGAAAGAGGACGCCCUGGAGAUGGUGGUCCCACAGGACCAAGUGGACCUACCGGCCAAAAAGGGGAUCCAGGACCUCCAGGACAGUUGGGCAACACAGCCUUCAUGGAGGAACUCAAAAUGUUCAUCAGGACUGAAGUAUUAAGGGUCUUUGAAGAAAAGCUGUCCGGCUCUGCCCUGCUGAAGAAGAUACCUGCAGGCCUUUUAGCCUCACAAACCCAGGGACCUCCAGGCGCCCCUGGCAAGGAUGGCUUACCGGGAGAGCCUGGACCUCCUGGUCCUCAAGGAUACAGGGGGCAGAAAGGAGAACGGGGUCAGGUUGGUCUGGGCCUACUGGGAGAUCCAGGACCCAUGGGACCACCAGGGCCUCCCGGAGUAGCGUCUCAGGGCCCUCCUGGCCCCCCCGGACCCAGGGGACCCGCAGGCAUGUGCGACCCCAGCGAUUGUCAUCCAUUGGAGCCCAGCUCUAGCUUCAGCCAUCCUGCUCCGAGCUCACUGCUCCAGCCAGACACGGCGCGCAGCAGGAAAGGAAGGACGCCAUGAUGCAACGGAUGCAGUAGGGCUCGUUUAUUGACUCUUUGACUCAUUGACUCACUGACUCAUUGACUCAUAGGCUUCAUUUGAACGCAAUAGAAAACCUCUUUUUUCCUUUUUGCAAUGCUGUACUUUUUAGGUUCUUGUUUUUUUUACCUGGCUGUGAUGUAAUGCAUUCCUUGUCAUCUCUCAUUACGUCUCCGAGGGCUGGGAAAUGACUUUGUUUAGUCACUUUCAGCCCCUAAUUAUUUGUUUGCCUCCUUAAUUGGCAUGCCUAUGCAUCCCUUCUGUUCUUCUGCAGAUAAGCCGUCACGCGAGCAGGAGGUACAUGGUAUGCGUGUCUCUGUGUGUUCCAAAGACAAUGAGAUGAGCUCAAUGUUUGUUUCAUGUGUGGAUGCCAGAGAAUUAGGAGCCCUUUUUAACUCUCUUGACUUUGCAGGGUGGCCUUCAUGUUGAGCCGCCACCCUGUAGGAACUCCUUGUUAUCAGACUCUUGCAGAGCACGAGGGUGACCUCCUGCAUUUACAUAAUAGUCUGAUAUAGAAGACGGCAAACAUCUCAAAGUCCAAAAGAAAAUCCAGCGCCUUAUGUGUAACAAAAAGUGCAGCAACUGCGUCUGAUAUAGAAUUAUUUAUUUUUAUUGCAGAUUAUAUUAAAAAGAAGUCCUGUGGUUUUUUUCUAGCUUGUGGAUUAAGCUAUUUCUGGAUGAGUGGGGGAGCUUAUUUCAAACAGAUUUGCAUCAUGCGUGAUAAUCAUUUACAAAAUGAUACUAAAAUGUCCUCCUAUAAAUUAGCUUUGCCACAGCAGCGAGACAUUGACAUAUAUGACAAGGAUGUACUCUUGAAAGGUCUUUUAUUGUCUCUAUCAGCUGAUGUGAAGGAGUAUUGGGGACCUACUAAAAAGACACAUAUGUCCUAUAAGUCCACAUAAGAAAAAGUCUUAAUAUUAGCAGAGGAAGUUGUAAAAAACAAUUUUGCAGAAAAUCAUAAACAAUAAUAACAAUGGUAUACGUUUAUGCUCUUAAUACAACAACCUAAUUGUCAAAAAUUAUGACCUUAUUCUGAAGUGACAACCUGAUGCUUGUCAAAUGACAUUAUUCAUGUAAACCUUUAUUUUUAUAACUUUUAUUCUUUCAAUUUAAUGACUUUACUUUUAUUGUAUUUAUUAUACAAUAAUUAUUAAUGAAAUUAGAUAUUUAUUUGUAUUUAUUGCAUUAGGCUAUUCUCAGACUUUUACCACCUUAUUAUUUGACAUCCUUAUUUUUUCCAAAUGACAGCCAUUGCUUGUAAACUUUACAAUAUUCUAGUAAAAUGACAUAUAUUCUUGCAAUAUGACAACUUUCCUCUCCUAAUAGUUUGACUUUUUUCUCAUAAUAUUAUGAUUCACUUUUUUAAUUUUAUUUUCAUCUGAUUUCAUGUACAAAUUACAACUUUUUUCCUGUACUAAAACCAUUUCAUAUUUAAUUUUAUUACCAUAAAAUUCAGACAGAAUAAUUGUUUUAUAUUACCGUUUAAUUCCUGUAAAUUUCACUCUUUUUCUUGUAAUAUGAAGUGUGGAAAAAUUGAAAAAAAGUUAUGACUCAGUACUUUUUCCCCUCAAACUAUUACAAUGGUAUUCUUGCUGUACAAUAAUAGUACACCUUGGUCUUCGUACAAUAUAGCAUUAUUGUCGUAGAAUUCUGACUUGUACUACUCUAGUACUAGACUAGUACUUUCUUUCUGAAUAUUACAACCUUAUUCUGGUUAAAAUUACUUUCCUGAUCAUAUUACGUUUUUGUCAUAAAAUGCUGACUUGGUACUUUUAUUGGAAUAUUACUUUAGUGUUUGAUUAAAAUAAUGUUAAAAAAUAUAAUAUGUAAUAAUGAAAAUAAAUAAAAUGUUUUAUUUGAUUUUUUUCUUUAAAUAAUUUUACUUUGUUCUCAUUCAUUUAUGAUAAUAUUUCACUUUAGAAUAUUUGAAUUUUAUUUUGAAUAAAUGAAUUUUUAUUCUGUUAACAUAAAGUAUUUUCUAAAAAAAAAAUUUUAAUAAAAUUAUAACAAUAUUCACAAAAUAUUGUGACAUUUUUUCAUGAAUUUACUCUUUCAUUCUCCAAAUAUUUUACUUCAAUUUUGUUAUAUUUGGACAUCUUUUCAGUGUAUCCCUAAUGCUCCUAAUACACUUUGAUCUGUGUUGUGUUGACGUGUAAAUAUUAAUAAGUUAUAUAAGUUGAAUGAGUGAUUUUGUCUUUCCUGGCUCAUGGUGCUUGGAAUGGGGACCUGAUGAAUUGUACGUAAUUACAUGAGCAAGUUAUCAUUUUAACGAUGCAUGGAGGUUGUCAUGAUUACAAAAUGAUGCUGAUUUGUGUGCCUUAGUGUGAUUUAACAUGUUGUGUUGUUGUUUUGUUUCCAUGGUGUUGCCUAUGAUGAUUCCUCUGCUCUUUCUGUAUAUUUUUGCUUCUCAAUGGCGCCAAAGUAAUCGGAACACUGCACUAAAUCUACUUGACAUGUUUGUUUAACAGUAAUUACUAACAUCCAGGUUCUUUUGAUUUCAUUUCAUUGUCUUAAGAUUGGAAGCUUUUGGUGGUUAUUUAUUUAUUAGCUCAUUUCUACUUUUGUUUUUAUGUAUUCACUGAGUCUUGGAGUCAACUUUGCCCAAAUGGGAUUGAUGAUGCUUUAAUAUUUUCUAUUUUACCGCAUUUCCUCACCUAGUGGCCAGCGGCAUUUAUUUCGUCAACUGCAGAAAGUACCAGGAAUCUAAGGAGGGGAAACUUGUAUAAUGUACAAAUAUUUUUGGUCAUUUCUUCCACAAACAAAUGGUACUCGAUAGCAACGGUAUAUAAUAUGACACAUUUGGACAUGGCAUCUCUAAAGCUGACAAAUGUAGUUAGAGAGGUUGGACAGAAAGCUUUUAGAGUUUGCAGUCAUCCCUCAUUUACCAGACCUGACCACGAAAUGGGAUUCAAUAAUAAUAAACAGAAUAUUUUCAUACUUAGAGCACAGAAAGGCUGUUUAUGACUUCCGAAAUAUGGGUUUUAACGUUAUUAGAGCCCUGUAGACGAGCCAAAAACUUACCACUUCCACACACAAAGAGAGGAGAACCUUUUCCUCACUCGAUCUCUGCCAUAAAAUGCCCGUCACGGCCAUGGCAAGCCCGUCUCACAGCCAUGGCAUGCCCGUCACGGCCAUGGCAGGCCCGUCAGCCAUGGCAGGCCCGCCAUGGUAUGCCCGUCACAGCCAUGGCAGGCCCGUCACGGCCAUGGCACGCCCGUCACGGCCAUGGCAAGCCCGUCUCACAGCCAUGGCAUGCCCGUCACGGCCAUGGCAGGCCCGUCACGGCCAUGGCACGCCCGUCACAGCCAUGGCAGGCCCGUCACAGCCAUGGCAGGCCCGUCACAGCCAUGGCAGGCCCGCCAUGGCAUGCCCGUCACGGCCAUGGCACACCCGUCACGGCCAUGGCACGCCCGUCACGGCCAUGGCAGGCCCGUCACGGCCAUGGCACGCCCAUCACGGCCAUGGCACGCCCGUCACGGCCAUGGCACGCCCAUCACAGCCAUGGCAGGCCCGUCACAGCCAUGGCAGGCCUGCCAUGGCAUUCCCGUCACGGCCAUGCCACACCCGUCACGGCCAUGGCACGCCCGUCACAGCCAUGGCAGGCAAAGUUAAAUUCCGCCCCCAAUGGCAACACCUGUUUUUUUUGUAUGCAUUUUGAAGUGUGGCAUUUAUUUAUUGCAGUAGACACACCCGCUGAUUAUUUAGGGCAAGCCCCCAAUUUAAAGGGAGGUGUUAUUUGAGGAAAUACAGUAUACGUGUUUAAUAUGUGCUGUUUCAUAAAAGUUUGACUCCUUCCACUUUAAAUUUGUUCUGUGUGCUGCCGUGUUUUGAUAUUUUGCAAAUAGUUGUGGGCGUGACGUCCGAAGUGGAUCUUCACGUCUGUUUGAUGCGCUCAUCUUCUUUUAUCACGCGUCACGUGACCGAGCGCCACAUCCUACACACGGUGCUUUCAUUUUGCGUUUGAAGCCCAACUGGUCAUCAGAUGCAGUGGAGGAUGUGAGUUUGAAGCCUGCAUUUGUGAGUGUAAAGAGCCCCCUGCUGGCUGAGAGUGUAAGCGCUCCUUGUUGUCUGCUUUGAAUGAAAAAAAAAAACUAUUCCACAUAAUGGCCUCUCCACAGAGACCAUAAAGCAGACUUUGAUCCAAUUCAAACAGCACAGCAGCAGCAAAAGUUAUCAGAAAUUCCUAGGGUUAUUUUGUUCUUCCUGAUGAUGGCGUCUCCGCGUGCGUGCGUGUGCGUGCGUGUUGUGGAUUUAGAUGAAUGAAUAUUCAUGCGACGUCAAUGAGCGGUGAGAUAACAAAGGAGGGCUGAAAGCAGCUCUUGAUGUCACAGUUGGCAUCAGCACCAGCAAUUGUAGCGUUUAGCUGGAGUGGCGGGGAUGCACUUGUUGCAUGAUUGGACUGUCAAUCAUCUCACUUGCAGCAUUGACAUCAUUUCCUGAACCUUAUCCUGUAACCAUAUGUCAUCUUGUAAAUAAGCUCGUAAUGAGACGGUGGGGUACGGCUCAUCUUCUCAGCGUGGUCCCUCACAUUAAAAAUGUUUGCCUGCUGCUCUUACAGCAAGUCCGUUUCUAUGCUCGUGGCGUGCUGAGCGUCACUUUGUCUUCAUCUACCUACCUCGCACACGUCUACGUGAUUAGCUGUUUGGGAAAUCUGGCUCUUUUUUUUUUUUAAAAAUCGAAAUCUGGAGGUUCUUUCUUGUUUCCAUGUUGACAUCUGCCUUAAACUUGUGUGCAAUAAAUG